UUUUUUGUUCGUUAUUCCUACAGAGUGCAUUGCAGUUUGCUGCUACGGAACCUCGUGAAUUGGACAACUUGUAUCCGGACACAUUAGUUGCUGUACUCAGUUUAGAGCUUGCGGAAGGUAAACAGAGAGCUGUCAACAUGGCUGAGACUCACAGCUUGCAGGAUAUGAGGCAGCAGGCGGCUAUCGCUGCCAAAGUGUUCAUCCAGAGAGACUACACCAAUGGCACUGUCUGCCAGUUUCAGACCAAGUUCCCUUCUGAACUGGAGACCAGGAUUGACAAGCAGCAGUUUGAGGAGACGGUGAGGACGCUGAACAACCUGUAUGCUGAGGCAGAGAAGCUGGGAGGCUCGUCGUAUCUGGAGGGCUGUCUGGCCUGCCUCACAGCUUACACGAUCUUCCUCUGUAUGGAGACACACUACGAGAAGGUUUUGAAGAAGAUUGCUAAGUUCAUCCAGGAGCAGAAUGAUAAGAUCUAUGCUCCACGAGGUCUGCUCCUCACUGACCCUAUUGAGAGAGGCCUCAGAGUUGUUGAAGUAACCAUCUUUGAAGACAGGAGCCUGGGCAGAUAAAAUCUACAGUACUAUGAUCCCAGACUGACUGGACAAGAGCUCUUGAGGGGCUGGUUCUAUCUGGUUCUGGCUCUGCUCAGCAUCACCUGGGGCCUCAUUUAUCAAAGGUGCGUUCGCACAAAAAAUUGUCUAAACCUUGCGUAUGCCAGUUUUCCCUCAAAUGUUGGUAUUUAUCCAUUUUGAACUUGAAGGGAAAGUGUGCUUAUCUCCACGAAAAUCUCAGACCAGCCGUACGCACAACUUCUAGUGGUAGAUCAACAUGUAUCGCAAGCAAAUAUUGUUAUUUUGAGAAAAAAUGUAGGUGUUUGAUGCACAAGAAUUAUAAUAAUGGUAGGCUAAUA